AUGCGUAUUGUCGUGUUCUGUUUAUCCCUACUGGAGGGUCAUAAUCCUGAUUCAUUUAGAAACUUUUCACCGAUCCGCCAGUGUUCAAUAUAUCGGUUCACCGAUAAUCACGGAAAAAAGCUUAGCUUCAAGAGUAUGGUAAUGGAGGUAGACGAACCAGCAGGUACGUCUAUGGAUACGUCGGAACCGAUAGAGCCGGCCAUAGAAUGGCGGUUUAGUCAAGUGAAAGGGAACAUCGAAGGAGAUGACACACAUACAGAAGCUGAUGUCAUAUCGUGUGUCGAAUUUUCUCAUGAUGGUGAAUAUCUGGCCACAGGAGACAAAGGCGGACGAGUUGUUAUUUUCCAGAGGGAUCAAAGUGGCAAAUAUGUAAACGGUGCUCGAUCGCGAGAGUACAAUGUGUACUCAACUUUUCAAUCGCAUGAACCCGAAUUCGACUACUUGAAAUCGCUUGAAAUAGAGGAGAAAAUUAACCAAAUUAAAUGGUUGAAAAAGAAGAACGCAGCAAAUUUCAUACUCUCGACAAAUGACAAAACUGUAAAGUUAUGGAAGAUAAGCGAACGCGAACGAAAAGUUGCUGACGAUUCAUGGAAUAUUAGGCGUGGACAGUUCGUUGGAAGUUUACAAAUCCCAACCAUUGUACCUAUGGAAUUGAUCGUGGAGGCUAGCCCUCGAAGAGUUUAUGGGAAUGCUCAUACAUAUCAUGUCAAUAGCAUAUCGGUUAACUCUGAUCAGGAGACCUUUCUCUCUGCCGAUGAUCUACGGAUCAAUUUAUGGCAUCACGAAAUCACAAAUGAGUCAUUCAAUAUUGUUGAUAUAAAGCCGACCAACAUGGAGGAAUUGACCGAAGUGAUUACAGCGGCUGAGUUUCAUCCUAGUCAGUGUAACUGGUUUGUAUAUUCGUCGAGUAAAGGUUCUAUCCGCCUUUGCGACAUGAGGGAUCGAGCGCUUUGUGACGCACAUGCAAAAAUCUAUGAGGAAGCGGAAGAUCCAAGUUCUCGUUCGUUCUUUUCGGAGAUAAUUGCUAGCGUCAGUGAUAUCAAAUUUUCGCAUAAUGGACGAUAUCUGUUGACGAGGGACUAUUUGACUGUGAAGGUCUGGGAUCUGAAUAUGGAAACUCGACCGAUAGAAACCUAUGCUGUUCACGACCAUUUACGAACGAAAUUAUGUGCCUUGUACGAAAACGACUCCAUUUUUGACAAAUUCGAAUGUGGAUGGAGCGGGGAUGAUAAGCAUAUAUUGACGGGUUCAUACCACAACUUAUUCCGCACGUAUGCGCGGGGCUCUACAGAGGCUAAGACGUGGGAGGCUAGACCACAGGAACCACAUUCGUUGCUGCGAACACGACGCGUAUGUGCAGGAGCUAACGCCCGCGCCCAAAGAGCCCGACGAGGCGUAGGAGGAGACUCCAAUGAUGACGAAUUGGCUGCGGAUUCACUCGACUUUACGCGAAAGAUCUUGCAUACGGCGUGGCAUCCAAAAGAGAACAUUAUCGCAUUAGCUGCCACCAACAACCUUUAUAUAUUCUCGGACAAAUAACUGAAACUUGGCUGUCCAUGCUCACAACUCGAUGCCCGCUGUCACAACGAUCAGUCCACAGCAGUGUUCAGUCGAGGUUGCCCCUACUCUUUCCUCAUGUACUACCAUCUUUUUUCUUUGUCAAUUCGUAACGUGUACUAGUUGUUAGAGUUUUUAUGAAGCGCUCAUUGAGUCGUAUCCCUCGUAUAUGAUCGUAUAUAUGUAGCCGUUGACGAGUAUGUUUUUUCGCUGCAGAAAUUAGAAGUAAUUUGGUCGUUUGUACUGUUUGUACUAUAAUGACGCAGAAAUGAGGUCGUUUAUGCUAAAACGUACCUGUGCGUGUGUAUUGUGUGAGUGCAGAAUAGUGCUACUAUCCUAGCAGUGCUCACUGCAUGAUGAUAUUUCUUCUGGAAAACAGAAUGUUGUGAUUGCAUAUGUAUAACUGAUUUUCUAGGUCUAUCCUUGUUCCUUUGAAGUACACUUUUUGUAAUAUCUUUUCAUGUAAAUUUUUUUCUUGCGAUGGGGACGGAAAUGUCAUGGUGGCAGCAAGUCACUCAGCUAGAAUUGUAAGUUAUGCCUUUUAAUUGCGUAGUAGAAGUUUUUCUAUUCAAACUGAUUUUUUUCAUAGAUUUCGCCUAG